AUGAACUGCCCUUCGCGCAACGACGACAUCACGCUGGAGCAUCCGGACUGGAACCAGAACCCGCCCUUCCUCUCCGCCGAUCUCACCACCUGCGAGGAUCUGAACGGCAUUGCUAACGCCCGCGAGCAACGCAGGGCCCGGGGCGGCGCCGGCGAUGGAUCCGACGGCCGGGGUGACGACAUGAAUUACCAGACGUUGCCACGUCUGCAGCCCGAUCGGAGGCUGCGCGUUUCGGGAAGAUGGAAACACGGUUUCCAUCCCCGAAACAAAAAGGUGCAUGGUGGUGAUGACCAUACACCUCUCCUCUGGGCCUCUGCGCCCGCCCGCUCCGCCCUCUGGGGCUGGGUGAGCUGGAUCCUGUCCGUCCUUGGCUGCUCAGCCAUCAUCUCUGCCCUCAAGAGCCCCGAGGCUGUCGCGUCUUUCCUCGUCGCGACUAAAGAAACUACUCAUUCCGUCACCAAGCGCCAUGCCCAUACCCAUGACCAUGAUCGCAUCACCGCACGCUCAACCUGCCCGACCGGCGGUCUCGGCGACGAAACAGCCUACAACACGCCCCUCCACGUCGGCGCCCUCUUCAUCAUCCUCGCAACUUCCUUCCUCGCCUGCGCCUUCCCCCUCAUCGCAAAGAGCAUUCCCGGCAUCCGUAUCCCCCGGCCCUUCUUCUUCGCCGUCCGCCACUUCGGCACCGGCGUCCUCCUCGCCACUGCCUUCGUCCAUCUCCUCCCGACUGCCUUCACCCUACUCGGCAGCCCAUGUCUGAGCUCCUUCUGGGUCGAGGAUUACCCCGCCAUGCCGGGCGCCAUCGCCCUGGCCGGCAUCUUCCUCGUCACCAUCAUCGAGAUGGUCUUCUCCCCCGCUCGCCAGAUGAGCUGCAGGCCCGACGACGCCGUGCUCGCUCCGGAGGGCAAUGAUGAAAGCGAGCAGCUACAGCAGCAGCAGCAGCAGCGCGGCGAGAAGCGCGUCAUCGUCGACGAGGAGAACCGCGCCGUACAGGUCAACUCCAACGGCGGCAUUGUUCUCACCCCGGCACAACAGCACCAAAAGGACAUCCUCCAGUGCAUGAUGCUCGAAGUCGGUAUCCUCUUCCACUCCGUCUUCAUCGGCAUGACCCUCUCCGUCUCCGUCGGCCACGAAUUCGUUAUUCUCCUCAUCGCAAUCGCCUUCCACCAGACCUUUGAAGGCCUCGCCCUCGGCUCCCGCAUCGCAAACAUUGACUGGCCCCAAGGUAGCCUCCAGCCCUGGAUGAUGGCCCUCGCCUACGGCUGCACCACGCCCAUCGGCCAGGCCAUUGGUCUCGCGACCCACCGCCUCUACAGCCCUGACUCGGAGUUUGGACUUAUCCUCGUCGGUACCAUGAAUGCGAUUUCGUCCGGGUUGCUUGUCUUUGCUGCGCUGAUUGAGCUUCUGGCAGAGGACUUCCUGUCCGAUGAGAGCUGGCGUGUCCUGAGAGGCUCCAAGCGCGUCUGGGCUUGCGUGCUCGUCUUCUUUGGCGCCUUUGGCAUGAGUCUUGUCGGGGCGUGGGCUUAG